AUGGCACCCAUGUGUGCCAUAGGUGUGCUUCUCGCCGUCAGCCUGCGGCAGCUAGCACAGGGCGAGGCAUUUGCAGCUCUCGGGCGAAAUGCUUGUACUCACACCAACAGUGCGCUGUUGGAGCCACAUCAUCAGCUCAAGCACGUGAUCCGGCCUAGACUUAGGACACGUACCACUUGCAGAAGUGCAAGCGAAGAAGCUGAUACGCAGGAGGAGGUGGCCGAGGUCAAGCUGAGCUCAGUCACCCAGUCCACAGUCAACCUGGUCAAGAACAUUGUUGGUGCUGGAAUGCUCUCGCUUCCUCACGGAGUGGCAGCCAUCGGUGGCAGCCCACAGGCUGUCGUGCCAUCGCUGCUUCUCACCUUCCUUGCAGCAGUGUUCAGUGCAUAUAGUUUCGUUCUGAUUGCGCAAGCAUGCGAGGCGACGGGUGAAAGCACUUACACCAGGGUAUGGGCACGCAGUAUUGGUGAGAGAACCAAGCUGGUGCCUGCAGUUGCUUGCCUCGCGAAGGCGGCCAUCGGAUGCAUUGCCUUCUCCAUGAUCCUGGGCGACUGCAUCUCGUUGAUGCUAGCUCCCCUGAAUCUGCCCGCAGUGAUUGCGAGCCGAGAUGCGAUCAUUCUACAGAUCACGGCCGUGGUCUUGUUUCCUCUUUGCAGCCUGAAGUCGCUGGCCCCGCUCGCAAAGUUUUCUUUGCUGGGCGUGCUCAGCAACUUCUACAUAUGCACCUUCGUGGUGUUGCGCUGCUUGGACCACUCCUACCAGAAGGGCGGCGCUUUGCUGGCUGCAGCACCAGCUGCACCAAAGUUCGACAUGGCGGCGGGCGCAUGGCACGCACACCUGGGCCCAGGUCUCAGCGUCUUGCUGAGCAUCCUGGCAACAGCAUUUCUGGCGCACUACAAUGCACCGCUGUUCCUGGAGCAGCUCGCUCCGGACCCGAAGACGGGAAAGAAGGAUAAGCGCUUCGUCGUGGUGUCAGUCCUGGGGUUCUGCACUGCAGGCCUCAUCUUCAGCUUGGUGAUGGUAGGAGGCUUUCUAACAUUUGGCAGCUCCUGCAUGGGCCUCAUCCUCAACAACUAUGCUGCCAUGGACAGUCUAGCUCUCCUCGCUCGGGCAGCGAUCGUGUUGUCCCUGGUCACUGCUUAUCCACUGGUCUUCCUCAGCUUGCGCAAGCAGGUCUUGGAGAUCCUUGGAGAUAAAGGAGACGAUCUCGCCCAAAGGCCCAGGUUGAUGACGAUCUCCUUGCUGGCAGGCAUCACUGCGGUGGCACUGAAGUUGCGAAAUCUUGGAGUCGUUGCCGCGCUAGCCGGCGCUAGCCUGGGCACGUUUCUCGUGUAUGUGGCCCCUGCUCUCAUGGUGAUGGGAGCGAGACGGCGGGGACUGACCGAACGACCCGAGGGUGCUGUUGGACUGCUUGCGCGCGCUACGCAGAUUUUCUUGGUGCCUUUGGGCCUUGGACUUGGAGUGAUUGGUUGCAUCCAAUGCCUGAAGUGA